CUCGUGGCCGACGAUCCCGUCACCCGUCUCGAGAACACACUCACUCAAUUUCCUCGCACUACUGGUCCUGACAACCCCAUUCCAUCCCCUCCCUGGGCUAGGGCCGGCCCUUGAACCUCAGCUCCUCACACUCCUCCGCCAGCCAUGGCGACGACCCCCGACCUCACCCGGACCGAGACGGUCAGCCUCGCCGCCCUCUCUGCCGCAUGUGGCACCAUCCUGGCCAACACCUUCCGCGGCGAGGGCGAGCCCCUGAUCGCCUCGCUCGCCCUGAGCGGCAUGGCCUACGCCGCCGCAUAUGCCAUGAUCCGCUGGCUGGGCCCGACCUUCAUCAAGGCCGGGCUCAAGGGCGUCGACAUGUCCAAGACCAACAGGAGAGAGAUCCCCGAGUGCGCCGGCGCAAUCUGCGCCGUCGUCUACCUGCUCGCCAUCAUAGUCUUCGCCCCGUUCCCUUUCUACAAGGACAUCGUGGCUGCUACCAGCGGCGGUGGCAACAGGGAUGUCGUCCUACACGUCGAGCAUGUUCAUGAGGGUCGCUUCUUACACAAGUUCCCUCAUAGCAAACUCGCGUCCUUCCUCUCCGCGAUACUCUCGCUUCAGGCCAUAACCAUCCUCGGCAUUGGCGACGACCUCUUCGACAUUCGCUGGCGGCACAAGUUCUUCAUCCCGGCCUUCGCCUCGAUCCCCCUCCUGAUCGUCUACUUUGUCGACUUCGGCGUCACCUCCAUCGUCCUCCCCAUCCCGCUCCAGUCCCUGGUGGGCAAGGAGCUGAUCGACCUCGGCGUCUUCUACUACAUCUACAUGGCAGCAUGUGCCAUCUUCUGCCCAAACUCGAUCAACAUCCUUGCCGGCAUCAACGGGAUCGAGGUCAUGCAGUCCAUCGUCAUCGCGCUGCUGCUGGUCCUCAACGACGCCCUCUAUCUCACCACCGCCUACCCCCACCCGGCCGUGGACAGCCAUCUCUUCAGCUUAUACUUCCUCCUGCCCUUCCUGGGCGUGAGCCUCGCCCUCUUCGCCCACAACAAGUACCCGGCCCGCGUCUUCGUCGGCGACACCUAUUGCUACUUCGCAGGCAUGGUCUUCGUGGUUGUCAGCGUCCUGGGCCACUUCAGCAAGACCCUGAUGCUGCUCCUGAUCCCCCAGGUCGCCAACUUCCUCUACUCGGCGCCCCAGCUCUUCCACAUCAUCCCCUGCCCGCGCCACCGCCUGCCCAGGUUCAACUCCCGCACCGGCCUGCUCGAGCCCUCCGUCACCCCCUGGACCCCCGAGAGGCAGCCCGCGGCCCCCGUCGCCGCCGUCAUCCGCCUGCUGGGCCGCCUGCGCCUGCUCAAGGUCGUCACCGCCACCGACAAGGAGACGGGCCAGGAGCGCUUCGAGGAGACGAGCAACCUGACCAUUCUGAACCUGUGGCUGGUCUGGCGCGGGCCCCUCCGCGAGGACCGCCUCGCCUGGGAGCUUACCGCCUUCCAGGUCGCGUGCGGGCUGUUCGGACUCUUUGUCCGCCACAAGCUCGCGCUGCUCGUCUUUAAGGAGGACAACUGGAGCUUGCUGUUGUGAGUAAAUCCGGGCUUGGCACCAGAAGGAUCGAGAGCGUUCCCAAGCCCUCGAAGCUAUAUAUUGUCUAUUUUCGCUUUCCGUUUGGAAAAACCCAUUGUUCCUUUUCUUGUUUCUCUUGCUUCGCGUUUGGGCAGUUUAUCUCCCACCAUCAAAAGCUUAAGAUGUAUAUAAGGGAUUUUGGGCGUUUAUGCAUACAUGAUACCAGGUGGCGGCAUAUUGCGCAGACACGCAGAUAGGCAAGGAUAUGCAACAAAAGUUUCGGACCGAUUCUCGAGUUUCUCAUAUCAUCCAGUGGCCUAUUAAAACUCGCACAGCCUGCUUC